CUUGGAGUUGUAAUCGAAGUUCCGUGUCGAGCAAAUAAAAAAGGAUUCGUUUGCAGAGUAAACAAGCAUAGAGUGAAGAGUGUUGAGUAGAGCACAUUGAGGACGACGAUGCUAGAACGUGUGCUCUCUUCUCGUAGGGCGGCGCCGGUAAGUGACGACGGCGAUGACGAAUCCAAAACACGGAAGCACAUAUCCCUAGGCACGAGAAUCACAAAUUACUUGAUUCGAACUGGACAUUUAUGGCCAUGCCUUUUAAUAGGGCUUGUGAUUGUUGUGGUUACUUCUUUCGUUUAUCAUACACGUGACUUAGUUUGUAUCUCCGCUUCGAAUUCAGAUCAUCUUUCACGGUUGCGAUUUUUUGGUUUUGAUGGACUUGAAACGGAUUUCGGAUCUCUAGGUGUUCCCUGGUGCAGAUCGAAACAUGGGAAAACUGUUGAAUGGACCACGAAGGAUUUAAUCAAAGGUCUGGAGGAGUUUGUGCCCAUAUAUGAGACACGGCCUAUCAAGAAUAACAUGUAUGGUAUGGGUUUUGACCACAGCUUCGGGCUCUGGUUUAUCACUCGGUGGUUAAAACCAGAGUUGAUGAUUGAGAGUGGUGCAUUCAAGGGACACUCAACUUGGGUCUUGAGACAAGCAAUGCCAGAUGCACCAAUCAUCUCACUUACACCGCGUCAUCCUGAGAAGUAUCUCAAGAAAGGACCUGCUUAUGUUGACGGGAAUUGCACAUACUUCGCUGGAAAAGACUUUGUUGAUUUUGGAAAUGUUGAUUGGCGGAAAGUUAUGAAGAAGCAUGGAAUCAAGGAUCUCAGCCAGGUUCUUGUCUUUUUUGAUGACCAUCAAAAUGAAUUGAAAAGGCUGAAGCAAGCACUAAAAGCUGGGUUUAGGCAUCUUGUGUUCGAGGACAACUAUGAUACUGGUACUGGAGACCACUAUUCCUUCAGGCAGAUGUGUGAUCAAUUUUAUAUCAGAGGUGGAGGCCAUAGCUGCUUUAAGGACAGUGAUGAAGGAAGGAUCAGAUCAAGAAGGAAGAAAUUCUGGGAGAAGGCUGUUGAUAUUGAGGAACUUUGCGGUCCUGGUGAAGCUUGGUGGGGUGUGAGAGGGCAGAUGCGGGAUGAUUUUAACCACAGCAAUAAGGCCAUUUCUUAUGCAGAACAUUUUAAAAAUAGCAGGUUUGUAGAGUCGGUGUUAGAUAUUUACUGGGAGCUUCCACCUGUAGCUGGUCCUUCAUUAACUCAUCAGACGAGAUACGAUCCGGCUCGUGCAUCAAGUCCUAUUGUUGAAGAUGGCAGAUAUGGCUUGUUUCGGAGGCUUGGGUUAUCUGGACUGGAGGCAUCUGUAUUCAAUGGUUACACUCAAAUGGUCUAUCUUCAGGUGUCACAAGAAUGAGAUUUUGGUUGCCACUGCACAUAGGUUGUAGUUUUGUAUUAGCUAUCUCUGUUUUUGCUGUUCUUUUAGUUCUUUCUGGUGUAACUCUUGAGAGGCUGUCUCUGUGCUGCCAAUAGAUUUUACUCCUGCAUUCUUUCAGAUGUCCAUUUAUGCCCUGGUCACUCUGAUAUUUGUGCAGAGUAACUGAAGUCUGAUGAGUGAAAUUUAUCCUAUCUGUAUAAUGUGCCCGUAAAUUAUGUGCUAGAAAAUAGCUUAUGUUGAAACA